AUGGACAGAGUUCUCGAAGAUCUCAGUCGGAUUUCGCUAAAUGAAGAGGAAAAGCGAGAAGAAUUCGCUCCCAUAGAAAUAACAAAAGAUCCUACAUUGGUGAGAGAUUUGUUCAGUCAUAGCAGGAUGUAUGACAUUUGGUAUGAUGUGGAUUACGAUACACCAUAUACUCUGGUCGAACUAGAGCCGUAUACCCAAGAGUAUGAAAACAUUGAAAGCAAGUUCAAAAAUGAUUUAUCUGCUGAAGUGCUCAGGAUCCUGAGAAUCCAGAAUCCAUUUCUCUGUCUCCAAUACGAACUCAAACUGAAACAAAUGGAAGAACUUCAUGGUAGUAUCGAGGAAAAUCAGCUCUAUCAUGGCACGAAGAGUGAAAAUGUAUUUGCCAAAGGAAUUUUGACUGGCGUAAACUUGGAGCUAGUGGUUAUAGGUCGAGCAAAUUUGGCCAGGGAGUUUCGUUCUCACCAUAUUCUCAUUAUGCAUCAGGUUACCCAAGACGUUUUUCUGAAGAGCCAAGAGUUAUGA